CACCAUGAGCACCAAACUGGUACUCUUCCUGUGCCUGGCGCUCUGCGGAGCCAUGGCCAUGGCCCUUCCCCUGGAGGAGAAUCUCGAACAGAACGCGGCGUUGGAGAACAGCCAGGAGCUGAACAGCGUCGAGGAGAACGACGGCGAGACGGAUCCAUCGACGUGGCGCAAGCUCUUCGGCAGCGAAGGUAGCGCGGGAAACCUGGUCGUCACCUUCCCACAGACCACCAGCACCACCACCAAGAAGCCCAAGACGACCAAGCGGCCGUACUACCCGUACCCACCCAAGUACCCGCCCUACCCGCCUUAUCCACAAUACUCACCGUACCCGGCUCCGUACCCAUAUCCCGGCUUCUACCCACCUCCCCCAGCACCCUAUCCAUAUCCGUAUCCCGGACACGGCGGACACGGUGGACACGGCGGUCACGGCGGCCAAGACGGUGGAAACGGCGGACACCAUCAUCACCACACGACGACCACCACCACAACGACCACCACCACCAAGAAGCCCACGCCAAAGCCCACCCACCCACACCACCCACCACCACCACCACCUCCACCACCACCACCACCCUACUACUCGCCCUACCCAUACUACCCACCCCCACCACCACCACCACCUUCGAGCGAGGAAUCCGAUGAAUCCACCGAGACUCCCACCAAGAUCUGCAAGAAGUUCUUCGGCAUUGGACUUGUCUGCACGUAG